UGCGACUUGACAUCACAAAACCAUCUGACAGUGGAAUAAUGGUUCAACAAUUAUCAAUGACAUUAUCAAUGAGAAACAAAUCCCCUCCCACACACACACACACACACACACACACACACACACACACACACACGUUUGUGCAGCUAUCCUUGUUAGGACCUUGCAUAGACUCUAUCCAUUUUGUACAGCCGAACUCUAACCCUAAACCUGACCAAUUCAUGCCUAAUCCUAACCUUAACCUAACCUCGAUUCACACCUUCCCCUAACCUUAAGCAGGACCUCAGAAAUGACAUUUUGCCAAAUUAGGACUGGGCUUUGGUCCCCAUGAGGACUACUCGUCCCAAUAAGGUCAGUGUUUAUACCUCAAACGAUCCCAAUAAGGAUAGAAAAACGAAUACACACACACACACACACACACACAUACAUUUUUCUGGUACGUCCUCCCCCUUGCUGGCUGACUUAUAUGGAGUAACUUGAGCUGAGUUGUGAGUCAGACAGUUCUGGUCCUCAGAGUCAGACAACAAGGAGAAGCUCCUCUACUGGCCAGGCGAUUUCCCUGCUAACAUUUGAGGAGAAGAUGGAAUCAACAACUUCUGAUUAUAACUAUCCUUAUUACGAUAAGGAUGAGAAGCCGGUUGGACCAUGUAUUCGGGACAGUGACAACUUACUGGGAGCUCAACUGUCCACCAUUUACUACUUCAUGUUUCUCUUCAGUCUCUUUGGCAACGGGCUGGUCCUGGUCAUCAUCCAUCGGUUUGAGAAGCUGACCACUGUGACCAACAUCUUGCUGCUGAACCUAGUGGUGUCCUCCCUGAUCUUCAUGAGCAGUCUUCCCUUCUUGGGAGUCUACAAGCAGCUCUCCUACUGGAUCUUUGGCGAAGUAAUGUGCAAGAUUGUAGGCAGUGUCUACUACCUGGGCUUCUACAGUUCUGUUUUGUUUCUAACUCUCCUGACCUUCGACCGAUACCUUGGCGUUGUUUACUGCUUGCAUGCGUCACAGGUGAGGAAUCAACGCUAUGCACUACUCUCCUGUGCUGUGGUGUGGCUGGUCAGUGGUCUGGCGUGCAUCCCACAGAUGAUUCUCCACAGAACUUUUACUCAUAAUAUGACCAACAAAACAUUCUGUCAGGAACAUCCUAGUAACUUGAAAUUUGUUGAUGCAGACAAGCUGAGAGAUUCUACAUUUUACCUUCAACUUUUCCUUUUCUUGCUCUUUCCUCUGAUUGUUAUUGUGUACUGCUAUGUUAGGAUUGCUAUCACUAUCAUGUCAUCCAAGGUAGUUACCAAGUUCAAGACAGUCAGGCUGAUAUUUAUCAUUGUCCUGUUGUUUUUUAUAUGCUGGACCCCAUUCAAUGUUGUACAACUAAUACCUGAAAACGAGUCCUGUGAUGAAAAGAAGAAGAGGGGUUAUGCACUUCAAGUCACGCGUGACAUUGCCUACAUUUACUUCUGGAUCAGUCCCAUCUUCUAUACAUUUGUUGGUAAAAAGUUCCAGAGCUACUUCAGACAGCUGCUGGUGAAAUGCUUCCCAGGGUUAAAGAAGCAUAUUUCUGUCAGUCAGGUUAGCAGAACUAGUAUGUCCACAAAAAGUACACCAAAUGUUGAGUUGAGUUGAGUUUUAGGGAUGGGGACUCCUUUGUGUCUCAGGCCUGCCAUGUGUUGAACAAACCAUGGUUUUACAAGCAACAGAAAGAAGUAUGUUAAGGUGGAAAGCGAUGACAUGAGUAGGGAUAUAAUUUUGCCUAUAGCAGAAGUAAAGCCAAAAUAUAAACCAUAACAACAUCCAUAUGUCAGUUAGCUAUGUUGCUAAUUUCACCUUUCUUAAGCAGGUAAGAACAUGUUUUGAAAGUUUGUUGUCCAGCCCAAAACAAUGCUGCUACCUCUUCAUCAUGCCCAUGCCAUCAUGACAUAUGUAAAUGUGGACAGAAGAGGUAUGUUUAGCUCAGCUACAGGAAGAGAUGGAUCCCUACAGAAAAGCACACCAUUCCUUCUUUGUAUAUACAGUAAAGACUUUUUGUCAACUAUUUGAGCUUGAUUCUCCAGUGAUUUUUAAGGUUUUAUUAAGGUUUCAUUAAAGUUCAUUUACAAACUAGCUUGGGAGACCUUCUGUCCUCUAGUUGUCAGAUGUUGAUGAACAAAGCUCUGCAUUUAAAGUUGAGUAACUCCAUUUGCAAGAAGAAAUCUAAUAAUCAACAUCUGCCAUGAUCCUAUUUUCUAAGUAUUUACACCUGUGCCUGUAUAUGUGUCAGACCACACUUAGUUAUGCACCACAGUGCCACAAACAUGAUUUUCUUUAUAUACAGUGUUCUCUCAAAUUUUGCACCCAAUAUUACAGUUAACUGCAUCACCUCUGUGUGACAGAAUGUAAAAGUUGGGCUGUUGAACAAAGUUAAGGAUCCAUAGUUCCUUAAUCCUUACAUAGUUGAGCAAAUUUUAAAACUCUUUGUAAAGGACUUUUGGAUGUGAUACAAAAGUGUUUUGCUCUGUAUUUUUGCCAUACAGCCUAAACUCUCAUUUGUAAUGACUAUCUGUAUCUCUGACAGGUUUUCAUGACUAUACUUAAUUUGGAUCCUCACUAAAAUGUCAGUAUAGUGUGUUAAAAAAAAAAAAAGUUUUAGAGGACUGGUUUGUGUUCUUUUCAAGGCUGAUUAACUGUAAGCAUUUAUAUUACGAUAAGAACAUACAGAUUAAAUGUAUGAAACUAACUCUUUGUUGGAGUGGAGCAUUAGCUGCAUCCAAAUAAAGUGAGCUUUUCCAAAACAGUGAAUCAAGCAUGCACACUCACUGUCCAGGCAUUUUCCAUGCUUGUAAAUUUAUCUGCUCUGAUUUUGUCGUUGGUUUAAUCUUGCGUUGUUUAUGUUUUUUUAUAAGUUGUGUGUAUAAUGAGUCAUGUCCUUUAAAAAGAAAUUUGAUAUUUCAUAUGAAGAACUUUUUACUUGGAAAAAAAACAGUGAAAAAGCAGCAACAAAAAAGGGAGUUAAAAGCUAAAUGGUUUGUUGGAUUUUGUUUGGCUCGUGUGUUUGUCUAAAUCCAAACUAUUUGAUUAAAUCAACCCUUUUAAAUCAC